GUGGGGGGUGGGGGGGGGAGAGAGGAAGUGCGCGUGCGCGAGCCGGACUCUCGCUCGGAGCGGGUCGCGAGCCCCCCCCGAGGCUCGACUCGAGCGGCGACCGUUAAAAGCGCGAGAGGGGGGGUUGAGGCGGCGCGAGCCGAGCCGAGCCGUGCCUGCCUCCGCCAUGAGAGCUUAAAGCAGCCGCCGAGGUCCGUCUUCAUUCACCGCCAGCCGUUGGAAAGAUGUCCAAGGGAGACGGGGAAUCCGGAGGUUUGACCUGGGUGACUUUGUUCAAUAAUCAGAAAAAUCUUGCAAAUAAGGAAGAAAUCAAUUCUAAAAGUGACACUUCAAAGAAGAUGUCUGAUGCUUCAAAGAAAAUGUCUGUGGAAAGAGUGUAUCAGAAGAAAACACAGUUGGAACACAUUCUGCUCCGUCCAGAUACCUACAUUGGAUCCAUUCAAUCUCUAACUCAGCCAAUGUGGGUUUAUGAUGAAGAUGUGGGUAUGAACCUCAGAGAUGUUACCUAUGUUCCAGGCCUGUACAAAAUAUUUGAUGAAAUUCUCGUUAAUGCAGCUGACAACAAGCAGAGGGACAAGAAUAUGACGUGUAUCAAAAUUUCAAUUGAUGUUGAUUCCAAUAUCAUUAGCAUUUGGAACAAUGGGAAGGGUAUUCCAGUGGUGGAACAUAAAGUAGAAAAGGUAUUCGUGCCUGCUUUGAUAUUUGGGCAGCUUUUAACAUCCAGUAACUAUGAUGAUGAAGAAAAGAAAGUUACAGGGGGAAGAAAUGGAUAUGGUGCUAAACUCUGCAACAUAUUCAGCACCAGGUUUACAGUUGAAACUGCUUGCAAGGAGUAUAAAAGCAGCUUUAAACAGACGUGGACCAACAACAUGAACAAAUCCUCAGAAUCUAAAAUAAAGUUUUUUGAUGGUGAUGAUUAUACGUGCAUUACAUUCCAACCUGAUUUAGCAAAAUUCAACAUGGAGAAAUUGGACAAAGAUAUUGUGGCCCUCAUGACUCGAAGAGCCUAUGAUAUAGCUGGAUCUUGUAAAGGAGUCAAAGUCAUGUUAAAUGGAAAGAAACUGCCAGUAAAUGGAUUUCGAAGUUAUGUUGAUCUUUAUGUGAAAGACAAGUUGGAUGAAACUGGUAUUGCACUAAAGGUAGUUCACGAGUCAGUGAAUGAUCGGUGGGAAGUAUGCCUCACCAUGAGCGAGAAAGGCUUCCAGCAAAUCAGCUUUGUAAAUAGCAUUGCUACCACAAAGGGUGGUAGGCAUACUGAUUAUGUAGUUGAUCAGAUUGUUAGUAAACUGAUUGAAAUUGUCAAAAAGAAAAAUAAAGCUGGAGUGUCAGUGAAGCCGUUUCAGGUAAAAAAUCAUUUGUGGGUCUUUGUCAAUUCUCUAAUUGAAAACCCAACAUUUGAUUCUCAAACAAAGGAAAACAUGACUCUUCAAACCAAGAGCUUCGGAUCCAAAUGUGCUCUCUCAGAGAAAUUCAUCAAAGCGGCAACUAACUGCGGCAUUGUUGAGAGUAUACUGAAUUGGGUUAAAUUCAAGGCCCAAACUCAGCUCAACAAGAAGUGUUCCUCAGUAAAGCACAGCAAAAUUAAAGGCAUUCCAAAACUGGAUGAUGCCAAUGAUGCAGGUGGCAGACAUUCUUCAGAAUGCACAUUAAUUCUGACUGAAGGGGAUUCAGCCAAAUCUUUGGCUGUGUCAGGUCUAGGUGUCAUUGGGCGCGAUCGAUAUGGUGUGUUCCCACUCAGGGGUAAAAUUCUCAAUGUUCGAGAAGCAUCACACAAGCAGAUAAUGGAGAAUGCAGAAAUCAACAGUAUUAUCAAGAUAGUUGGUUUGCAGUACAAGAAAAGUUAUGAUGACGCAGAGUCUCUGAAAUCUCUUCGCUAUGGGAAGAUAAUGAUCAUGACUGACCAGGAUCAGGAUGGUUCUCACAUCAAAGGUUUAUUGAUAAAUUUCAUUCAUCACAACUGGCCAUCUCUUCUGAGGCAUCAUUUCUUAGAGGAAUUUAUUACUCCUAUUGUAAAGGCUACCAAAAACAAACAAGAGUUGGCAUUCUACAGCAUUCCUGAAUUUGAUGAGUGGAAAAAACAUUCAGAAAAUAUGAAAUCUUGGAAAAUAAAAUACUACAAAGGUUUGGGUACCAGCACAGCAAAAGAGGCAAAGGAAUACUUUGCUGAUAUGGAUAAACACCGGAUCAUGUUUAGGUACGCUGGCCCAGAGGAUGAUGCUGCAAUUACCUUGGCUUUCAGUAAAAAGAAGGUGGAUGAUCGAAAAGAAUGGCUGACCAACUUCAUGGAAGACAGAAGACAGAGAAGGUUGCAUGGGCUGCCAGAGCAAUUUUUGUAUGGAACAGCAACAAAACACUUGACCUACAAUGAUUUCAUCAACAAGGAAUUAAUCCUUUUCUCAAAUUCCGACAAUGAAAGAUCCAUUCCUUCUCUUGUUGACGGCUUUAAACCUGGGCAGCGAAAAGUCUUAUUUACUUGCUUCAAGAGGAAUGAUAAACGAGAGGUUAAGGUGGCUCAAUUGGCUGGUUCAGUGGCCGAAAUGUCAGCCUAUCACCAUGGUGAGCAAGCACUUAUGAUGACCAUUGUAAACCUGGCACAGAAUUUUGUAGGAAGUAACAAUGUAAGCUUAUUGCAGCCCAUUGGUCAAUUUGGUACCAGACUUCAUGGUGGCAAAGAUGCUGCUAGCCCUCGUUAUAUUUUUACAAUGUUGAGUCCACUGGCACGUUUACUCAUUCCUCAAGUUGAUGACAAUUUACUGAAGUUCCUUUAUGAUGAUAACCAGAGAGUAGAGCCAGAGUGGUACUGUCCCAUAAUUCCCAUGGCCCUCAUUAACGGAGCUGAAGGUAUUGGUACAGGAUGGGCAUGUAGAAUUCCUAAUUAUGAUACCAGAGAAAUAGUGAACAAUGUCAGGCGGAUGUUGGACAAUCUGGAUCCUCUUCCUAUGCUUCCAAGCUACAAGAACUUCAAGGGAACAAUUCACGAAAUUGGCCAAAACCAGUAUAUUGUUAGUGGUGAGAUCUUAGUUUUGGAUCGGAAUACCAUAGAAAUUACAGAGCUUCCAGUAAGGACUUGGACACAGGUAUACAAAGAACAAGUUCUAGAGCCUAUGUUAAACGGGACAGAAAAGACACCAGUUUUGAUAAAUGACUACAAAGAGUAUCAUACGGAUACGACUGUCAAAUUUGUGGUGAAAAUGUCCGAGGAGAAACUUGCACAAGCAGAAGCUGCAGGCUUACACAAAGUCUUCAAGCUGCAAACAACUCUGACUUGCAACUCUAUGGUACUAUUUGAUCACAUGGGCUGCUUGAAGAAGUAUGAGAUGGUACAGGACAUUCUCAAGGAAUUCUUUGAUCUGCGAUUACAUUAUUACAGUCUGAGGAAAGAAUGGCUGACAGGAAUGCUGGGAGCAGAGUCUGCAAAACUAAACAACCAAGCUCGCUUCAUUCUAGAGAAAAUACAGGGAAAACUUACAAUUGAAAAUAAAUCCAAGAAGGAUCUUUGUCAGAUGCUUGUUCAGCGAGGUUAUGAAUCUGAUCCAGUCAAAGCCUGGAAAGAUGCACAUGAGAAGUCAGCAACAGAAGAGGAUGCAUUGGAACUAGAUGAUAAUUCAAGUCUAUCAAUUGCUGGCACUGGACCAGAUUUCAACUACAUCAUGAACAUGCCUCUCUGGUGCCUUUCAAAGGAGAAAGUAGAUGAACUUUUGAAACAGAAAGAUUCAAAAGGAAAGGAGCUUGACAAUCUGAAGAGGAAAAGUGCUACUGAAUUGUGGAAAGAUGAUUUAGCGGCCUUUGUUGAAGAGCUUGAUCGUGUGGAAGCCCAAGAAAGAGAUGAUGCUUUAGCAGGGCUAGGCAGCAAGGCAGUUAAGGGCAAGGUUGGUAAACCAAAAAUUAAGAAGAUGCAACUUGCCGAGACUCUGCCUUCAGUUCAUGGCAGGAGAAUCGAACCCCUGGUCACCCUUGCUAUGAAGGCUGAUGCCACCAGAAAAAUGAUUAAGAAGAUUAAGAAGAGUGAUGCAGAUUCAAUGAAGCUGGAAUUUGAUGAAGAAGUUGGAGCAACACUUGGAGAAGGAAAUGAAGAUGUGUUAAAUACAAGCGAGCCGAAAGUCAAAACUCCAAGGGUGAAAAAAGAUAAAAAGGAACCUGGUGUCAGAGCAAGGAAAACACCUCCAUCUUCCAAGUCUAGUGUCAAGAAAGGAAAGAAAAAGAACCCCUGGUCUGAUCCUGAAUCCAAAUCUGAUAGUGAUCUAGAAGAAUCUGAAUUAACAUUUAUUCCACGAGAAAUCGCACCUCGUAGAGCUGCAGCUGAAAAACCGAAGUACACUUUUGAUUUUUCUGAAGAGGAACCAGAUGAUGAGGAAUUAAAGAUGAGAUCAGAGUCUCCAAGUAUAGAAGAAAGGGAUGCUGAGUUUGUUCCUUCAGAUAGUGGUGGGAAGGAUGAUGAAGAUGACAUCUUCUUCUCUACUAAAUCAAGGCAAUCAUCUUCACAUGCCCGGAAAAGUACUCUACAGCCCACAAAAAACCAUGAGCCAGAAAGUAUAUUCUCUGCACCAUCGUAUCUUGAAAGAUCAGAGGAAACUGAUCUCUUAAAGUCAGACAGUGAUGAAGAUUCUUCCCCAGCCUUUUCAUCUCUCAAUCCUGUCAAGAGUUCACCUAAGCCUUCUAUCAAAACGCAGACCUUGACACCUGCUGCUAAAAAAGCUGUCAAAAAAACAUCCAAUACUGAUAAUGCAGGCAAACCUAAGCGACCACCUAAACCUAAGAAAGUGGAGCAUGGGGACUCUGACUCUGACUUGGGCUUUGGGAUGCCAAAAAAGGUAGCAGGAGCAAAAAGGAAGCAGUCACCGAAACCUAAGAAAGCAGAACGUAUGGACUCAGACUCUGAAUUAGAUGUGGGUUUUGGCAUGGCAAAAAAACUUGGAGGAGCAAAAGCUAAAGGUCGGGGAAGGAAAAGGAAACAGUCUGGUUCUGAAGAUGAUGAAUAUUCCCCUGUGAAGAAGCCUAGCAAGACAUCAUCAGUGAGCAAGAAACCUAAAAAGUCAGUAUACGACGACGGAGAUGGUGACAAUGGUUUUGAGACAGCUGACAACUUCCAACCAAGCACACUUUCUGAUGCAUCUCAAUCAAGGCUCGGCCGAACCAAGAAAGAAGUGAAAUAUUUUAUAGAAUCAGAUGAAGAUGACUUUGAGGAUAUGUAUGAUUAAUUGUUCCAAAGGUUACAAUAACCUCCAGCAAAAUAAUGUAUCUUGUGUCCCUUUAUUUUUGUCUCUUCUGUCUGAUUCUUUUGUACAUUUGGCUCGUUUUUUUGUGAAAUUGUACCUGUUUUUAUUGUGUGUAGAUGUUUUUAACAUUUUAUCAUUCAUACAUGCAAUUUUAUUCACUUUUUUACUUAUUAUAAACUUCAUGUAUGUUUUGAGUAGCCUUGUAGAAAUGUGAUAGAUUGCUAAAAGCACACAUUUUAACUGUUUUAAGUGAAGAGGAAUUGCAAACCUGAAUGCUUUUUUUUAAAAUGAACUUGAAAUAAACUUUUAGAAAUGGA